GGCCGGGGACCCAACGGCCUGGGGUCCUGCGACAACCCCGAGAAGUUCCAGUACGUGGAGAAGAGCCUCUCCUGCGCACCCAGGUGCUCCCCCGGGGUGGACGUCUACUGGUCCCGGGAGGACAAGGACUUUGCCUUCAUCUGGAUGGCCGUCUGGUCCACCCUCUGCUUCGUCUCCACCGCCUUCACUGUCCUCACCUUCCUGCUCGACCCCCACCGUUUCCAGUACCCCGAGAGGCCCAUCAUCUUCCUCUCCAUGUGCUACAACGUCUACUCUGUGGCCUUCAUCAUCCGCUCGGUGGCAGGGGCCGAGAACAUCGCCUGCGACCGGGAGAACGGUGAGCUCUACAUCAUCCAGGAGGGGCUGGAGAGCACGGGGUGCACCAUCGUCUUCCUCAUCCUCUACUACUUCGGCAUGGCCAGCUCACUCUGGUGGGUUGUCCUCACCCUCACCUGGUUCCUGGCUGCUGGGAAGAAGUGGGGACAUGAGGCCAUCGAGGCCCACAGCAGCUACUUCCACAUGGCUGCCUGGGGCAUCCCGGCCAUGAAGACCAUCAUCAUCCUCACCAUGCGGAAGGUGGCUGGCGACGAGCUCACGGGGCUGUGCUAUGUGGGUAGCAUGGAUGUCAGCGCCCUGACUGGCUUCGUCCUCAUCCCCCUCUCCUGCUACCUGGUCAUCGGCACCUCCUUCAUCCUGACGGGCUUCGUCGCCCUCUUCCACAUCCGGAAGAUAAUGAAGACGGGCGGCACCAACACGGAGAAGCUGGAGAAGCUGAUGGUGAAGAUCGGGGUCUUCUCUAUCCUCUACACCGUCCCAGCCACCUGCGUCAUUGUCUGCUACUUCUACGAGUGGGUGUGGAGCUCCAAGACGCUGCAGACCUGGCAGAGCCUGUGCAACAGAAAGCUGGGCAUGAGGACGAGGGGCAAGCCCUGCAGCGGGGUGAGCUGCGGUGGGGUGCACUGCCACUACAAAGCCCCCACAGUCAUGCUGCACAUGACCAAGACGGACCCGUAUCUGGACAACCCGACACACGUCUAG